AUGUACUGUGUUAUAUAUUAUAGAAAGGCUAGUAUGUUGGUGGCUGUGGUAUACACACCACAAAUAGUUUGUACUGAGGUGAAGAUGGUCAGCAGGCAGAAGUUUGAACUUGUAUAUGUUAAACAUGCUUUCCAUGAGGACACCGAUAUGUUAUGGUCUUUUGUAGCGUUUUUGGUCAAAGGCAAGCACUUGUUGCUAGUAAUACGUCUCUGUGAGAUUCGAACUCACGCUCUUCCAACCAAGGUUGGAAAAACACCUGUCAAGCCAACUAAAAAGUCAACUAUAGACCGAGACGGAGGGAAGAAAUCGAAAGACAAGGGCGAACUUCACUUUUUUAGGCAACGAAGACCGCGUUCAGUCAAAAACUCAUUGAACAAGCACAUCUUCGCGAAAACAGGAUCAGAACACCGAUCACGAGAGAGUGGAGGCUUGAAUAAAGCUAACAGCCAGCAAGAAGUAGACCAGUACAUCAUGACAGUCAGACCAAACUCUAUACUGACUCUCCUACUUGGGCUCAAUAAGCGUCCCAACUUGUUAAAUCAGUCAUACCCCAGACAUAUGGAUGCCUAUCGCACGGGUUGA